AUGGCAGAUGCUCUCGCCAACCUAGCCACCACGUUGGCUUUGUCAGAGGGUGAAAAGGCAAAUGUUCUCGUCUGCAACCGUUGGGUGCUCUCUUACACAGGAGAAUAUGCGAGAGAUACCAAUGCCAUAUCGAUAUCUAUAGUGGAGGAUAAGGAUUGGCGCCAACCUUUGAUUGAUUACUUAGAACAUGGACAAUUGCCUAAGUCAUCGGGUAGGCAUUUAUACAUACUAGCUACGAUCGACUAUUUUUCUAAAUGGGCGGAAGCUGUAUCUCUCAAGAAAGUAAAAAAGGAAAAUGUGGUGCAUUUCAUCCGGACCGACUUGAUCUAUCGGUAUGGUGUCCCUCACUAUAUCAUCACGGAUAAUGGUAAGCCAUUCUACAAUAGUUUGGUGACCCAACUGUGCAAGAAGUUUGAGUUCAAGCAAUACAAGUCAUCCAUGUAUAAUGCACCAACCAAUGGUCUUGCUGAGGCUUUCAACAAGACGCUUUGCAAUUUGUUGAAAAAGGUAGUAGAGCGCUCGAAGAGGGAUUGGCACGAAAGGAUUGGAGAAGCUUUAUGGGCAUACUAA